AUGUGUCCAGCAGAAACCCCCUGGGCGGGGCACAAGGGCGCGUCGCUGGUCUUCACCCCGAUCGGCAUGUGUCGCCCCCAGACCAGCUGGGAGGUCUCCAGCCCCCUCAAGGCCCCCCAAACGAUUGGCGGCGGUGAGAUUUGCGGCGGCAACAUGAUUGGGUAUAGAGAGGGUGUAGGAUCCGUCGAUGUCGUGGAUGAGCGUGGCGGCGAGGUCAGCGACGGAGAUUGA